AUGGGGAGAGAAGCAACAGCUUUAUCCCCCAUAUCUGUGUCCACAGAGCAGUUCCAGGUUAUUGGCCCUGAACACCCCAUUGUGGCAGUGCUGGGUGAGGAAGCCAUACUGCCCUGUUCCCUAGUCCCAGCCAUGAAUGCAGAGAACAAGGAACUGAGGUGGUUCUGCACCACAUUCCAAGCAGUGUUCAUCUACUGGAACCAACGGGAACAGACUGAGGAGCAGAUGGCUGAUUAUAGAGGGCGGACCUCACUGGUGAGCAAGUUCCUCACCCAGGGGCAGGCUGCAGUGCGCAUCCACAAUGUCCAGGUUUUUGACAAUGGAAUGUACAUCUGCUUCUUCAGACAUGGAGGCUUCUCUGAAGAGGCUGAUUUGGAAGUGAAGGUGGUGGGGAUGGGCUCUGACCCCCAAGUGCACAUAGAAGGGUCAGAAGAGGAUGGAGUGCACGUGGUGUGCAAAGCCUCAGGAUGGUUCCCAAAGCCCCAGGUGCAGUGGAGAGACCUCAGUGGAAAAAAGUUUCCAGCGCUUUCUGAGGCCCACACCCAAGACACUGAGGAGCUGUUUAGUGUGGAGGCCACUCUGGUGGUGAGAGACAGUUCUGUGGGGAAUGUGACCUGCUCUGUCCUCAACCCUAUCCUGGGCCAGGAGAAGGCCAUGGCUAUUUACAUCCCAGAGCCCUUCUUCCCUCAGGCUUCUCCCUGGAAGCCAGCAUUUGCUGUGAUCCUGACCGUGCUGGGGCUCCUACUCUUGGGGGCUAGCUAUUUAAUCAGAAAAGUACAUUCCAGAAGGAUGCAGGUGAGGCAAAGAAAGGAGCUUCUGCAGUGGCUUAAGAAGGAUGAACAGCAGAGAAAGAAAUUGGUGCUGAAGGCCAUUGAUGGACUCCAGGCAGAUCUCAGUGAGAGGAAAGCUGCUUAUCUGUCUGUUCCGGUCACCGGCGUGAGGGCGGUCUCCAGCCGCCCAAUCACGCGGGCAGUGGGUGGAGUAUCGCCGGCGUGUGUGCGGUCUCCAGCCACCCAGUCUUGA